AUGCCUCUACGAAGAGCUGUCAGAGAUCGUCUUGCUAGGCGUAAUGUUAAGGAGCAAGGGUUACCAAAUGCACUUGAAGUGCAACCUCAAGGGGAAGUUACUAAUGCUGAGUUAAGAGAAGCAAUAAGGAUGCUAAGUCAAGCUAUGACUAACCAGGUUGGGAAACAAAGAAGAUAUCAACAAGAAAAGGUUGACACUUUGAGGAUCCGGGAAUUCUUAAGUAUGAAUCCUCCAAGUUUCACUAGUUCAAGCACUACUGAGGAUCUAGAGACUUGGUUUGACCAGUGGAAGAAGGAUACAACUCAGGAGCAGCGCAUGCGAGUUGGGUAUGUUUUGAGGAGGCUUUCUUGGGGCAUUUCUUUCCGCCGAGAACUGAAAGAGGACAAGGUACAAAAGUUUAUUACCUUUAAGCAAGAGUUUGAUGAGUACGGGUUGAAGUUUACCUAA